AUGUCCGGCCUCUGUCUACCCAUUACCAGACAAUUCCUCCUCCCAUUGCUCCCGACCUUGACAUGGUUACUUUUAUUCUCAAGUUGCAAAUACAUAUCCCCCGAAUAUCGCCCUGCAAUCUGGGUCCGCGUCCUUCCUGCCCUCGAAAAUAUCCUCUACGGCGCAAACCUCAGCAAUAUCCUCUCGGCGAAUAAAAAUACCAUUCUUGAUCUCCUGGCCUGGAUCCCCUAUGGAAUCGUACACUACGUCUCCCCCGUCGUUGUCAGUGCCUGCAUGUUCAUCUGGGGUCCACCCGGCACCCUGCCCAUCUGGGCUCGCUCUUUCGGUUACAUGAACAUCACCGCUGUUCUCAUCCAGAUCGUCUUCCCCUGCUCGCCACCAUGGUACGAGAAUCAGUACGGUUUGGCGCCGGCAAACUACUCCAUCAUUGGCAACCCAGCCGGUCUAGGAGCCAUUGAUGCCCUGUUUGGCGUCGACCUCUACACAUCCACCUUCCAUGCUUCACCCAUGGUCUUUGGCGCCUUUCCCUCCCUGCACUCGGGAUGGGCAACCAUGGAGACGCUGUUUAUGGGUCACGUCUUCCCCAAGCUGUUCCCCGUCUACGUCUUCUAUACCAUGUGGCUUUGGUGGUCCACCAUGUACUUUUCCCAUCACUACGCCAUCGAUUUGGUUGCAGGCAGCCUACUCGCUGGCAUCUGCUAUUUCUUCAGCCGUGCCAACUUCCUCCCUCGGCCCCAAGCCGACAAGGAGUUCCGCUGGGACUACGAUUACGUGGAGAUUGGUGACCCAGCCGACAGCGCCGGUUACAGCAUGCUUGACAUCUAUGAGGAGUUUCAACCACACUCCGACUCGGAUGACUGGGCCAGUGGCUCGUCUUCCUCCUUUUCCACCGGUGGCCGCAGCCCCCUGGGCGCCCACUCACCUGUUGACGAUGCUCAGAGUCUCUGGGACGGUGAUACCGUCGGAUCAGACACUGAACAUCCCCGCAAGGACUAG